AUGAGCGAAAUGCAGGAGCCAAUGAUGGAGCCCGAAAUGACUCUCCAAGAAGCACUCUCCAAGGUGUGCAAGGUGUCCAGAACAUACUGCAAGCUGAGCAGGGGAGCCAAGGAGACAACAAAGAAGAUGCUUGCAGAUAAAAUGAGCUUUGUGAUGGUUGCCGAGAAUGCAGAGCCAAGAAUUUCCAAGCUUGUCAUGGCGCUGGCAAAAAAGAAGAACAUUCCUGUCAUUUCGAUUGGAAGCUGCUUGGAGCUUGGAAGGAUUGUCGGUGUGGAGAAUGUCAGCUCCAGCGGGAAGGUGAGGAGCAAGGGGUGCUGUGUUGCCGGGGUCCAAGACUACUGUGAGCAAACCUCAGAGGCAGGGUUUGUUCAGGCAGCCUUGUUAAAGGGAAUUUCCUCCCAAUAA